AUGCCUACCUUACGAUCUGCCGUCUACACCGCUGCCCCAAUCCCUAUUGCCAGCCGUCCCGGGGCGGUUUGGUCCCCAAUCUCCUGUACCCUGAUUUAUUCGGAAAAGGAGGCUGUACUUGUGGAUACUCCCAUUACGACUCAACAAAACGAGGAUCUCGUCAAAUGGAUUCAUACGAUUGCUCCAAACCGCAAGCUAUCUUAUAUUUAUAUCACUCACGGCCACGGUGACCACUUUUUUAACAUCCCUAUUCUCCUUAAAUACUAUCCUAAAGCGAUCCCUCUUGCCACGGCGGCAACGAUCAAGCAUAUGGAACAGCAGAUCGAGGAGUCAUUCUUCCAAGAGCAAUGGGAAACCCGAUUCCCUGGACAGAUUCCUCGACCAUUCACGCUUGCAAAAGCACUAGCCGAAGAUUCAGGGUUAAAGUUCAAGCUUGAAGAUCAAUGGGUUUUCCAGGCAAUCCUCUGCGGGCACACAGACACUUACGACUCAACCAUUCUAUGGGUUCCGGAUUUAAGGCUUGCAGUUUGCGGAGACGUCGUCUACGGCCAAGUUCAUCAGAUGCUCAUGGAGGCAAAUACAAAGGCGAAGCGACUUGAAUGGAUUCGGGCGAUCGAAAAGGUGGAGGCCUUAGAUCCCGUCUAUGUGGUUCCGGGGCACAAGCAGGCUGAAGAGAUUGACGGUGUCUGGCAUCUCGCCGCGACUAGACGAUACAUUGAAGACUUUGAACGAGUCCUUGAGAGGGAUCCUCAGGAUAUGGCUGAGAUCGUCUCGCAAAUGGUUGCACUUUACCCAUAUAGAUUCAAUCCUGGGGUAGUGAAGCUGAGCGCGAUGGGAGCAUUCAUGGUUUCGAAGGAAGCUCGCAUUUGA